AAAGCGAACAUGUCUGGAAGAGGAAAGACCGGAGGAAAGGCCAGAGCUAAGGCUAAGACCCGCUCCUCCCGAGCCGGGCUCCAGUUCCCCGUCGGCCGUGUCCACAGGCAUUUGAGGAAGGGUAACUACGCCCAGCGUGUCGGUGCCGGAGCCCCGGUGUACCUGGCCGCUGUGCUGGAGUACCUGACCGCUGAGAUCCUGGAGCUGGCUGGAAACGCCGCCCGGGACAACAAGAAGACCAGGAUCAUCCCCCGCCACCUGCAGCUCGCCGUCCGCAACGACGAGGAGCUCAACAAGCUGCUGGGAGGAGUGACCAUAGCUCAGGGAGGCGUGCUGCCCAACAUCCAGGCUGUGCUGCUGCCCAAGAAGACCGAGAAGGCCGCCAAGAAGUGAACACCCUGAACCCGCUUCAACCACCCCGACAACGGCUCUUUUAAGAGCCCCCCACCUCCCUCCAGAGAGCCGACUCCUUUUUCUAAGCCGUUAAUCGCCUACCUUUCCAUCUCCUCUUUAGAACCAUUCACUUUAUUUCCACAGCAGAUGUACAAUAUCUAAUGAAAUGAGGAUACAUGUAGUGACUCGUUUGUUCUAAUCACACACUCUGUAAAUGUGAUUACUAUUUAACUGCAAAUAUAAUGCUUAAUAGACCGAUACAAAAGGGCCUUCAUAGUUUCCACU